AUGAAGGAGAAGCAGUUGCGCAGACACUUGGAUAAGUGUGUUGAUGAUAUGCAAAUUCAUGUAGAUUUGAUGAGCGCCAGAGCGAUUUCCAAGUUUACUGCGGAUACGAAUGCGAACUAUGAAUGGUUAAAUCAAAUAAAGCAAAGACAUUCAACUAGACAUAAGGAAGAGUUGCGCAACUAUUUCUUAUUAAAGGCUGAAUACGAGAAGAAGGUCGAAGUUUUAGAUUCUAAGGUGACGUACCUUGAACAAUUGGCUGAGGAACUUUGCGAAUUCCAAAAUGAACUUGCAGUUAAGGUACAGAGGGUUAAAAGGGCAGCUAAAGUUGCCGAUGAUGAAGAAUGUUAA